AUGGACAUUUCAUGCGAAUCCAGUCGGCGCGGAGAGUUGAGCAAUAACGGUGAUGCCGAUAGUAACGAAAGUAGCAGGGAGACAGCCCGCGAGAUUGCCAAUACCAGAGCGACUCACGCGAAGUUCGCAGCACCACCAGCAGAAGCGACUGAUGCGAAGGCAGCAGCAGGAAUCGGUUAUACAGCCACAUCACCGCGGCUUGGGAAUAGCGCCACGUCAGCAAGCAGCAACGGUGCCGGUGCACCCAAAUCACGGCAGGGAGCAGAUUCGGAACCAGUGAAGGGAACAGAAUCAGUUCAUGGAGCGGAAGCAGUAAACGGACCGGAAGCAGGAAAGGGGGCGGAAUCAAAGAAGGAAGCGGAAUCAGAAAAGGGAAGGGAAUCAGGGAAGGUACCUGAAAGCACUUCCUCAGUGGGAUUCGACAGCGCCACGGGCGUGUGGCUGCUGACGUCAGAGGGCGAGACGCUUCAGAUGGACAGACGCGUCGCCGCUUUCAUCCCCUUCCUCUGGCAGGCCAUGGCUCAAAAGUCAUCCCAAGCCAUGGCUCGAGUCAAAACGGACAAGUCAUCUCAUUCUGACGAGGCUGCUGGUGCUGCCGCUGCUGGCGCGGUGGUUGCUGAUGAUAGUGCUGGUGCUGCUGCGUCUGGUAGUGGUGCUGCUGGCGCUACCGGUGCUGCUGCUACCGCUGAUAUUGCUGGUGUGGGUGCUGCUGGCAGUGGGGGGGGAUCACAGGAGUCAUCGCCUAUUCUUCUCCCGAAGCAGGUGUCAGCAGCGGUGCUGCAGCUGGUGGUGGAGUACUGCCGCUACCACAGCGUGCCAGGGCGGUCCGAUAAGGAGAGGAGGCUAUUUGAUGAGAAGUUUGUUCGUGUGGACCCGAGGAGGCUGUGCGAGCUGACGUCAGCAGCGGAUGUGCUUCAAAUGAAGCCUCUGGUGGACCUCACGAGCAGAGCGCUGGCACGGCUGAUAGAGGGCAAGUCGCCCGAGGAGAUCCGAGAGACGUUUCACCUUCCAGACGACUUGACGGAGGUAGGUGGUGUGGGGAAGAAGGGUUGGUGUGUGGUAUCUGGGGAGAUAAACCUCACGAGCAGAGCGCUGGUGCAGUUGAUAGAGGGCAAGUCGCCCGAGGAGAUCAGAGAGACGUUUCAUCUGCCAGAUGAUUUGACAGAGGAGGAGAAGCUGGAGCCGGUAAGGAGCGGCACGGACGACCCUCGCAUUCGCCUGCUGAACCGGCUGUACGCAAAGAAGAGGAAGGAUCUCAUAAGGAAGAAGGAGCACACACAAUCGGGCACUCACGCUCAAGAGGACGAGAACGAGGAAGACUGGAGAGAAAAGGCUCGAGGCAGAGAGAGGGGAAGCAGAGAGAAGGAGACAGGGAGGUGUGGGGAGUUGGAGAGGGAGAGGAAGCACAGGGAUAGUGGAGGUGCGCGGGAGGCGAUACACAAGCACAAGGAGCGAUUGGUGGAUGAGAGAUCGGUGGAUGACCUGUUGUCCUUCAUUGAUGGGGGAGGGAGCAGCGGCAAAGGCAAGUCCGGGAGAAAGAAGAAGAGCCGGAAGAAGACGGACAAAACGAAGUCCCCUCGUCUUCCAGAUUCAGACAAAAUCUGCCAUCCAGCAUCGGGAGGCAGUGCCAGUCAAGACAAAAGCUCAGGAGGGAUGGAGAGUGGGGAGGGUGAAGAGGGAUUGGAAGGAGAAGUGGAGGAAGAGGGAGUGGAGGGAGGGGAGGGAGAAGGCGGUAAGGAGGGAGGGGCUGCGGUUGUGGUUGAUAAGGUGAUGGAUGGUGGUGGUGGGAGUUUGCUCAAGGCUGACAGACGUGGUGGUGCUGCUGAUGCUGUUGGUGAUGUUGGUGGUGCAAUUGGUGCCGCUGGUGCUACUGGUGCAGGUGAUACUGGUGGUGGCGCUACUGGUGCAGGUGAUACUGGUGGUGGUGCUACUGGUGCAGGUGAUACUGGUGGUGGUGCUACUGGUGCAGGUGAUACUGGUGGUGGUGCUACUGGUGCAGGUGAUACUGGUGGUGGUGCUACUGGUGCAGGUGAUACUGGUGGUGAUAAGCGUACAGAUGUGCAUGCUGCAGUGCCUGCAGCGCAGCUGAGCAUAGCAGGGUCUGGCCGGAUGAAUGGCGACCCAGAAGCAGAGACAGCAGCAGCAGCAGCAGCAGCAGCAGCAGCAGCAGCAGCAGCAGCAGCAGCAGCAGCAGCAGCAGCAGCAGCAGCAGCAGCAGCAGCAGCAGGGGAGAGAGCAGCAGGAGAGGCAGCGAUAGGUGGCGGAUUGUUUGGUGGAGCGAAUGUGAUUGGGCAGCUCCCGCAGCCUCGGCGGUCAGCUUCGGCAGCGUCGGACCUGGAGGUAGCUUCGGAUGUCCGGCCAGGUUCGGUGAACCUGGCACAUCACCUGAGGUCGGGGGGGUUCCUCAGCUUCUCGUUGUCGCAGCCGGUGUUACCAGGUUACAGGGUUUCGUCUCCUGCUGCUCCUGGUGUUCCUGCUUUUUCUGCUGAGGUUCGUCCUUCUGCUGGACCUGCCGGUCCCGCUCCUGCCAGUCCCGCUCCUGCCGGUCCUGCUGGUGCUGCUAAUGAAGCUCAUACUGUCCUUACUCCAUUGGAUCGGGCAAUUAUGGCUGCUGGAUGGCGUCGAUUCCAGUUCUUCGAGGACCGCUCGCCCGUCGGGCCGCUAGCCGACGUGCUCGCGGAGGGCGUGCGGUGCGGCGCGGGUGGCCGAGGCCGACUAGCCGUUGGCACAGAGAGCGGCUCGGUGCUGUUGCUAGAUCGGUCGCUGCAGGUUCGACGAAGCUUCGUGGCUCAUGAAGGCCCAGUGGCGUUUCUACACCUGUUCAAACAACGCAGUUGUCUGUUGACCGUGGGCAAGGAGGCAAGGGGAGCAGCAGUGAAGCUGUGGGACCUGGACAAGGCUGCUGCUUCAGGUGCUUCAGGUGCAGCAGCAGCGGAGGGAGGUGCACUGGCGCUUCUAAAGACCUAUAACAUCUUCUCAGACGCCUUUCCUGCUGCACAGAUCACAGCCUGUGCCAUCCGCGAGGCGCCACAGUUAGGCUACCUCCUGGCCGUUGGAUUGGCCACAGGAGCCGUUGAUGACCUGGUGGUGGCGCGUCCAGAGGCGUUCUACUGGUUCAACGAGGAUGGCCCGGGGGCGUGCUUUGGGCUGGACGGCCCCAAGCACCGCCUCGCCUGCCUGCGAGGCUACCUGCUCUGCCUGCACUCGCCGCCCUCCCCUGCUCCCACCGCUGCUGCCUCUGCUGCUGCUGGCCCGGCAACAACCGGUAGUGGUGGCGGCAGCGGUGGCAGCGGCGGUGGUGGUGGCGGCAGUGGGGAGUCUCGAAAGCAGCAGCAGCAGCAGCAGCAGCAGCAGCAGCAGCAGCAGCAGCAACACCAUCAGAAAAUGGUGCUGUCAGUGUAUGACACACGCAACAAGCUGGUGGUGCAUUCUGCGCCGCUCACUCCCGCCGCCUCUCUCCUCGCACCCCUGCUGCUGCUGUGCGAAGGGGGAGCUGUGGUGCUGCUCUCCCUGCACCGGCGAGGAGAUGGGGGAGCAGGAGGAGAUGCAGGAGGGGUCUCAGCAGCAGGGGUUUCAGGAGGAGGGGCUUCAGCAGGGGGAGGAGGCGGCGGAGGCGUAACGGGUGGAGGGGCAGGAGGAGCAGCAGGAGGAGUGGGUGCAGGGCGUGUGGAGGCGAGGGGGCUGCUGCUGGUGGAGAGGGACAUGGCGUGGAAGCUGGAGGCCCUUUUUCGAAAGGGCUUGUAUUUGAGUGCACUGGACCUCGUGGUGUCUCAGGGAGGCGAUGCUGCUGCGACUGCUGAAGUGCUCAGAAGAUACGGGGAUCAUUUGUAUGCCAAGCAGGACUACGAGGAAGCAAUGGGGCAGUAUGAGCGCACGAUCGGGCAGGUGGAGCCGUCGUACGUGAUUCAGCGCUACCUGCACGCCCAGCGGCUGAGCCUGCUGGCCCGGUACUUGGAGCGGCUGCACGAUAAGGGCGUGGCUACGCCGGAUCACACCACUCUGCUUAUCAACUGCUUCUCACGCCUCAAGGAUGUUGCUAAACUGGAUGCUUUUGUCCGGGCCGGCUUCGAUUCCCCAUCCUCCAUCGAACCACCAACCACAGCCACACCCAAGCCUUCAUCUGCCCCCUCCUCUUCCUCCGCUCUCCCUCACUCCCUCACCCUCUCACUCCCUCACACCUCCUCCUCUCCCUCUCUCCCGUACGAUGCCGACACAGUGAUCCAAGUCUGCUGCUCCGCAGGGUAUUACAACCAAGCUCUUUUCGUCGCUCAGCGCGCCGCUAAACAUUCCGCUUACUUAAAAAUCCUCGUGGAGGAUCUACACCGCUACGCCGACGCCCUUGCCUUCAUUUCUGCCCUCGCCGACCGGGCGAAGAUUGUUUCGGCUGCCCGGGAAUACGGGCCGGUGCUGGCGGCUCACCUGCCCGAGGAAACUAUUUCUCUGUUCUUGGAGCUCUGCACGGGAUUCGGUAGCAGCAGAGAUGGAGGGGGGAUGGGAGCCGGGGCUGUCUCAACAGGUGGGGAAGGAUCAGGGGGAACUGGAGCAGGCCCCUCCAGUGCAGAGGGCAAUGAUCGGGCGGCUUGUUUGGCAAAGGCGGGUGCAUUGCUGCGAGCCUAUUGGCAGCAGCAGUCGGCUCCUCGUUACGACGCUGACCUGGCACUGCUGACGUGUCAGGUGCAUGGCUUCAGAGACGGGUUACUAUUUCUGUAUGAACGAAUGCGGCUGUUUAAAGAGGCCCUGGCGAUGCACAUGAGGGAGGGCGACAGCAAGGGGCUGAUUGCUGCCUGCAAGCGGCUGGGGGAUGCAGGGAGAGGGGGGGACCCCAGUGUGUGGGCGGACGUUGUGAGGUACCUGGGGGAACGGGGGGAGGCAUGCGGGGAGGAGGUGGCGGAGGUGUUGAGUGCGGUGGAGAGUGGUAACCUGCUGCCGCCGCUGCUGGUGUUGCAGACUCUCUCGCACAACCCACACAUCACGGUGGGGGAGGUGCGGGACUAUGUGUCCCGGCACUUGCAGCAGGAGACAGCAGUCAUUGAGGAGGACCGGCGAGCGAUUGAGAAAUACCAGCACGAGACGGACAAGUAUAGAGAAGAGCUGCACAAGCUUCUGACCGAACCACUCGUGUUCCAGUCAUCCCGCUGUGCCGAGUGCAACUCGCCGCUCGAUAUCCCCGCCGUCCACUUCUUUUGUCUGCAUGCGUUCCACCUGCGCUGCCUCGCCGACCCAACCACGGCUGUAGCAGCCGCUACAGCUGCCGCUGCCGCCUCCCUUGCAGGUGACAUGGGGGGGGUGAUUGGGGGUGGAGGGGUGAUGGGAGGAGGUGUGGGAGGGGGUGGGUAUGGCGGGGCAAGAGCAGGGGGCUUCAAGCAAAACCUCCCAACAGCCUUCCAAGGAUCUUCUGGCGGUAUGGAUAACACUCGCACCCUGCUCCUGCGGCGUCAAUCUACCCCGCACGCUUUCGUCCAUUCCGGCACUUCCUUGAUUCCGUCUUCCGAGAAACGCGCGUCUCAGCACCACCGAUCAUCGGCGAAUUCGCAGCGGAGCCUGCGCCUUGUCCAAUCCUCCGGAGUUGCGGCUUUCCCCCGAUCUGUGUCCUCUCCCGCCGUUGCUCCGCUCCGGCGAUCUCUGUCUUCCCCCGCACCCGACGCCAUGACUUCCGCGGCCUGCGGGUUCUCCUCCGGAGUCUCCGCAGCCUCUGGAGUCCUGGGACUUUCGCCCCUUUCGCCGUUAGAUCGCUGCGCGGCUCGCAAUAAGAACGAUACCGUUCUCAACAGCUUUCGGAGGCGUAGCCAAGUCAGAGUCAACCCGGUCCUCGCGGAAAAGCGGAGGAGCGUUACGGCGUCGGUCAAGCGAUCCACCACAGCGGCUGCAUCCCAGCGUGAUGCGUCUUUUGCGGAGCUUAUUGACUGUAGCCGAGUCGUAACCCCUUCGUCCAGCGCGCUAGAUUCGGCUAGCGCUCCCCCUCCGGCCGUUUCUCCUCCUCGCACCGAAGCCGUCGCGAAGCUUCCGUCGCCUAAGAUGGACCGUCGCACGCUUCUGGGACUCGGUCUUGCGACGCUCGCUGCGACGGGAGCCGCGGAGUUAGGAUUAGUCGACGCGGCCUUGGCUAAGACCGUAGAGCCUCCUAAGAAGCAGCCGAUGUGGUUCUUAGGCGACGCGGCAGGGGGUGUGGACGGGGAAGGGGGGUUACUGGGUAAGAACCCAGCGGGAGCGAGUAAAUCGCGCGUGUAUGACGCUACAACGGUUGGCGAGCCGGCUCUCGUCGGGGAUAAGACGAAGGCGUGGGAGAGGUUGCUGGCGGCGAAGGUGGUUUACCUGGGCGAAGCGGAGGUUGUUCGCGAUCCCACGGAUAAGGUCGUGGCACUCGAGAUUUUGCGCAAGCUGCGCGACGAGUCGUUCGCCGCGGGUCGCCCAGUCACUCUCGCGCUCUCCGCUUUCCCGCGCUCCAUGCAACCGCUGCUCGACAAGUUCAUCGGAGGAAGGCUUCCCGAGGAUGAGCUCCAGGUGGCAGUCAACUACUGGCCCAAGGGCCGCUUCCAGGAAAUGUUACCACUCCUUCGCUACUGUCGCGAAGCAGGAAUUCGCCUGUUCGCGUGCGGCGUGCCCCCCAAGGUGCUUCGCACAGUGCAAGCCGGUGGCAUUCAAGCUCUCUCCCCGUCGGACCGCAAAAAGUACGCGCCGCCUCUUGGAGGCGGUUCGGCCGCCUUCCUGCGGCCCGACAGCACCUCUGCCGUCCCCUCGUACGGCACCGCCCCGACCGGCGGCUCGUCGGCACUAGCAGGCGGCGGCAUCAGCAGCAUCAGCGGCGGCAACGGCGGGCUGCUGGGAAUCGAACCCAUCGCGAACGCCGCCGAGCCUCUUGUCUCCCGAACCUCCUCCCGAGCCUCGUUCCCGUUCGGCCCGGGCCCGUACUGGUUCGCGCAGGCGCGUGUGGUAGAAGAUCACGCUAUGGCUGGCGCGAUUUCGCAAGCCAUGUCAGAAGGCGGGAAGAUCGGGCUUCUUGUCGUUCUCACCGGCGCGUCGCACGUGCGAUUCGGAGUUAACGGUCGCGGCGUGCCGUCGCGCGUCGCGGAUUGGCUGCGCGCGUCGCCGGCGUCGCAGGCCGUCGUGCUGCUGAACCCGGAGCGGCAGCGCGCGCGGCUCGAGUCGGAUUUCCCCGAGGCGGAUUUCUUCUGGUACUCGGGCAGCUGGGCGUGCACGCGCAACUGCUUCGACCGCGCGGAGAUCGCGCGCGUGAUGGGCGCGGCUGGGCGCACCCCCGACGCGCUUCCGCGCGACCUGCAAGUCGGGAUCGAGCGCGGAUUAAUCUCCCCCGACACGCUCCAGUCGUUCUUCGAGCUCGAGAACAACCCGCUAGUCGCGGAAGCGACGAAGCGCUUCCAGGGAUUGCGAGAACGGUUUUACGCGGAUCCGCGAUUCCUGCAGCGGCUGUGCACGGAGGAGGCGAUUAGCAUUGCCACGUCACUCGCCGCCCAGUUUCAGAAGCGCGGAGAUCGGUUCUGGUCGGAGCUCGAAUAUGUUUCAGCGGAUAUUCUUAGGGGAACGGUGGUGAACUUUUUUUCUGUUUGGCUGCCCGCGCCGCGCCUCUCCUUCAGGGAUGCAGCUGGGCCAGCUGCGCAGGCGGCCGGGGGGGCAGCUGGGGAAAAGCUUUUUGGCGGGCUGACCGCGUGGAUUUCCACGCUGCCCCACAAUGCGUUCCAGAUGGCCGGGCCGGGGCAGAAUUUCGGCCUUGCGGAGCGAAUCGGAACGGUUGUGGUGGCGGGAACGAAACUCUUUUCGGUCGGGUUCGUUUCGAGUUUGGCGACGCUGUCGUUGACGAAUUUCCUGGCGGACAUGAAAAACAAGCUGCCCGCGAAAACAACCGAGCACGCAGCCAACGGGCAGGUUUCCACAGAAGCAGAAACUGGAGUGGCAGGGGCGGUGGGAGGGGCAGUGGCAGGUUCGGGAACUGCAGCAGCAGCAACUGCCGGGGAAACAGCCGCCAAUGGCAGCGGAUCUACAGUGGCGAGAUCUCCUGUGUUCAAAACAGCAUUGGUGUACGGCGCGUUCCUGUCCACGUCAGCGAAUCUGCGGUACCAGGCGAUUGCGGGGAUUGUGGAGCACUGGAUCGCCGACUACUACCUGGCGUCCAAUCCCGUCGCAGGGACGGCUGUGUCGUUUCUAGCGCGCACUGCGAAUUCCUACUGGGGCACCUCGCAAUGGGUGGAUCUCGCUCGCUUCACAGGCCUGCAGCAGUCCCCCAAGCCAGCAGCUGAUGCUACUGCCGCAGCUUUGCCGAAAUAA